AUGGUCAUCGCGGGCGGUGGUAUCGUUGGUUGCGCCACAGCAAGGCAAAUGAAGGUGGAAUACCCAAAUUUGGAGAUAUGUGUGGUAGAAAAGGAGGAUAGAUUAGGGGUUCAUCAGACUGGAAGAAACAGCGGCAUGGACCUUGCAUACAAAUUUUUUGAAAAAACCAAUUUUCCACACAAGAAGACAGGAAAGUUAAUCGUAGCUGUUGAGCCGGACGAGAUUCCUCGGUUAGAUAUUUUAUAUGAAAGAUCUCAAAAAAAUGGUUGCAAAGAUAUCGAAGUAAUCGAAGGUUCUCGAAUAAGGGACUUUGAACCGCACUGUAAGGGUCUUAAAGCACUUUGGUCACCGCAUACAGGGAUUGUGGAUUGGGAAAAGGUGGCGAAAGCUUUCGCUACAGAUUUUGAAAGGAGAGGUGGAACUGUAAUCGCCUUUGCCCUCCUUAUUUUAAUCACUAUAUCGAUGGGAAUUAUCAGCAAAAUUACUGUUUUCGCUCGAGCAUUUCAACUUUGUCAAAUCCACACUCGCCAUUUGAUUACUUGCUGCGGACUACAUUCCGAUCGUGUAGCACAACUUACUGGAUGUGACCCUAACCCUAAAAUCGUUCCUUUCCGAGGAGAAUAUCUACUUUUAAAACCCGAAAAAAAGCAUCUUGUCAAAACAAACAUAUAUCCUGUACCCACACCAGGUCUGCCAUUCUUGGGAGUGCAUUUUACUCCGAGAAUGAAUGGAGACAUUUGGUUAGGUCCGAACGCCGUAUUAGCAUUUAAGCGAGAAGGAUACAGUUACUUUUCAAUUUCUCCGUCAGAUCUUUGUGAAUCCCUCAGAUACAGAGGUCUCAGAAAGUUGAUGCUGAAGUACUUCAAGUAUGGAUUAACGGAAUUCUAUCGUGGUGUUUGGAUUAACGCGCAAGUGAAGCAGCUGCAACGAUUUAUACCUGAAUUAAAGCUAAGCGAUGUAACGAGAGGACCUGCUGGGGUGCGUGCCCAAGCGUUAGACCUACAAGGAAACCUCAUUGAUGACUUCGUGUUUGGAAGCGGAACCGGUCCGCUGUCGAAACAGGUGCUACAUGUUCGCAAUGCACCGUCUCCAGGAGCUACAUCGAGUCUAGCCAUUGCGAAAAUGAUCGCCAAUGAGGCGAAAUCGAGAUUUGCUCUUUAG